AUGUGGAAUGUAAGGUUGUUAAACACACCCUUCAACCCCAAGGUUGUUUAUGAUGGACACCCAACAUUGUUUACCAUUAAGUUGUACCAUGGAGGUGAGUUCACCAAGUACCCUGAUGUUCGUUACAUUGAUGGAACUGUAAACUAUGUUGACAUGGUAGACAUAGAUGAGUUUUCAGUUCAUGAGCUCGAUGCAAUCAUGAAGGGUUUUAGAUAUGGGGUUCCUCCUGUUAUAUACUACCAUUUUCUUGUGCCUGGUGGAGACUUCCACUUUGGUCUUCGCCCUUUAGGAAAUGAUCAAGAUGUUGCAAACUUUUCUCAAUAUGUCAGUGAGCACAAAGUGAUGAAGGUAUACACAGAGCAUGGUGAAACAAGACUACUCACCUAUUUCUUGAAUCCUAAGCCUGUUACCAAGGUUACCCUUGUACAGUUAGAUGAACCACAUGAGGAUGUGCAACACAUUGAUGAAGCUCCUGAUGACCAAUCAAAGGAAACACCUGUGAUGACUACACCUACUGAUAAUUUAGUUGAUGUGGUGCCCACUCAAGCAAACCAACCUGAAAUCCAAGUUAAUGAAAUAGUUCAAGUCGUAUCCUUAUCACCUGGAUAUAAUAGGAGAAGGGGUAUGAGCAAGGAUGGAGUGAUGGCAUCUUGCAGUAAGAAAAUUUACUUUGAUGAUAUUGGUGAGACUGAACAGAUAGCCAAAGACUUUGUUGAGGCAGCUACUGAUUUUGAUAUUGGACUCUACCAAAAAAUACUACAAAGCAAUGUUGAUGGAGUCAAUGGCACUGACAUGCAUGAUGUCAAUGAACCUCAGAUGGAUGAAGAAAUCCAACCUCAAAUGGAUGAAGAAAACCAAGCUCAGAUGGAUGAAAACCAACCUCAGUCUAACAUGGAUAGUAGUGGAAAAGAAAAUGUAAGUGAAACAGAGCAGGAAGAUGAUAGUGAUGAUAGUGAUUAUUGGGUGGAUGAAGAUAAUGUAAUUGAAGAUAUUGAAGUUGACAUGAGGGAUUUUAACAUGAGCAUUGAUACAGAAGUAGAGUUCUUAGAUAAAAGGGCUAGGAAUCCUAGACAACAUGAGAGUGAUGAAGAAGCAGAUGAGUUAGAUGUCAUUGACAAUGAUGCUUUUGAUUCCAUGGAUGAGGAUUCUGACCAGGACAGGAAGAGAAGAGCAGUUUUGAAACAACUAAGUAAGGAAAAAAGUUGUUCUUUAGGUGAGGUUCAUAAGUGUAAUUUUAAAAUAGGUCAAAAGUAUAACAGUAAGCAGGAGUUGAAAGAGAAAAUCAAAAUGCAUGCAUUGGAAACAAAAAAGAAUAUUGCAUUUAAAAAAAAUGACAAAUCCAGAUUGAGGGCCAUAUGUAAUGGAGUUGUGGCAUUUACUAAUGAUGGAGUUGGUGGACCUACCCAAGCUGAAAAAAGUAAAGGGAAAAUUAAAGGGAAAAGUAAAGGGAAAAGUAAAGAAAAGGACAAACAAGGUGGUACAAGUCAGGAAAAAGCAGAUUCUUCUUGUCCUUGGAUGUUACAUGCCUCGAGGUCUACAGAUGCAAGCAGCUGGUACAUUAAAACAUAUGAAGACAAACACACUUGUAUGAAUACAAGGAAGGUGAGAGCUGCAACAGCGAAGUUUAUGUCCAAACAAAUCAUGGAUCAAGUAGAAUCCAACCCUACUAUCCCAGUUAAAGCUCUCCAAGAACAAUUACAGAAGAAGUAUGGAGUGGGCUUCUCAAUCCAUAAAGUUUUUAGAGCUAAAGCAGAUGCAAAAAAGAUUGUAGUGGGUGAUUACAAAAAACAGGGGAUGAAGAAGGGAUUCAAAGCUUGUUUAAGAGAUUUCUUGGGGCUAGAUGGGGCUCAUAUGAAAGGCCCUUAUCCAGGCCAGAUCUUAACUGCAGUUGGAUUAGAUUCCAACAAUGGCAUAUACCCACUUGCAUAUGCCAUUGUAGAGAUUGAAAACUGCGAAUCUUGGAAGUGGUUCCUUGAAUGUCUUGGUGAUGACUUGGAUCUACAUGCUAUGUCUAAUUUCACUUUUGUUAGUGACAGACAAAAGGGUUUGCUACAAGCAGUUAGUCAAUUGUUCCCAUGUGCUGAGCAUAGGUUCUGUCUCAGACAUAUACAUGAGAACAUGAAGAAACAAUGGAGAACUAAGGAAUAUAAAGAUCACCUUUGGGAUUGUGCCACAGCUACAACAGUGCCAGAGUUUAACCAUUUCAUGCACCAAUUCAGUUUAUUUGACAAAUCAGCAUAUGAAUGGUUGAAGUCAAUACCACCACAACAUUGGGCAAAAAGCCAUUUCACAGGGAGAGCAACCACAGACAUGCUGUUAAACAACCUUUGUGAGGUGUUUAAUGGCAAGCUAGUUGAUGGGAGAGACAAACCAAUUAUUAGCUGUUUGGAGUUUAUUAGGGAAUAUAUGAUGAAGAGGAUAUGCAAUGUCCUCAGGGUGCAGCAAAAGUGUUUAGGCCCACUCACCCCAAUAGCAACAAAGAUCAUGGAGAAGAAUGAAGCAGCUGCUACUCAGUACAUUGCAGAAUGGUGUGGUGAUGAAAAAUACCAAGUCAAAGGCCCAUGGAAUGAUCAACAUGUUGUUGAUAUGCAUGAAAGGGUAUGCAGCUGCAGGAAAUGGGAAUUAACAGGUAUCCCUUGCAGACAUGUGAUUUCUGUGUUGUAUAACAAAGCAGAUCAUGGUGAGUGUGUACAAGAGCUCCAUACUUAUGUCCACAAGGUGCACUGGCUACAAACUUGGAAAACUGCAUAUGGGUACAAGGUGGAACCAAUUAAAGGUCGGGCAAUGUGGCCUAGAAGUGAGUGUCCAAUGCAGAUCACACCUCCCCCACACCGUAAUCAACCUGGGAGACCCAAGAGGAAGAGAAGGCAAUCCAUGGAGGAGAAAAGUCAAAGCAAGAGUCAAAGUCAGAGUCAAAGGUCAGAUGUUGGUCCCAGUGAGAUUCAUGGUCAUGGUCCACAUGGUGGUGGGAAACUAACAAGAAAGUUUGUUAGUGUGACUUGUAGUAAGUGUGGAAACAAAGGGCACAACUCCAGGACAUGCAAAGGUCAGGGAGGGACUUGA